GAUUUAACGCGAGUAUUUGACAUUGUCCAUUCUUAUAUUCACUCCUUUCAGCUUCCAAAUUUGACAACCUCUCUCUCUUUUAUUUGUUCCUCAUUUCCCAUUUUGAAACAAAAAUAAAAUCUCUUUUGUGAUAAUUGAUGGGACAACAAUCGUUGAUCUACAGCUUUGUAGCUCGUGGUACGUUGAUUAUUGCAGAGCACAGUGAUUUCACAGGAAACUUCACAACCAUAGCUUUCCAGUGUCUACAAAAACUUCCUUCUUCUAAUAACAACUUUACUUACAACUGUGAUGGACAUACCUUCACCUUCCUCGUCCAUCAUGGAUUCACUUUUUGUGUAGUGGCAGUUGAGUCUGUUGGUAGGCAAAUUCCGAUAGCUUUUCUUGAACGUAUUAAGGAAGAUUUUAUCACAAGAUAUGGUGGAGGAAAAGCUACAACAGCAACUGCUAAAAGUCUUAACAAAGAAUUUGGACCAAAGUUGAAGGAGCAUAUGCAGUAUUGUGUGGAUCAUCCAGAGGAAGUUAGCAAAUUUGCUAAAGUGAAAGCUCAAGUUUCUGAAGUCAAAGGAGUUAUGCUGGAAAAUAUUGACAAGGUUCUUGACAGGGGAGUGAAGAUGGAGGAUUUGGUGGAUAAAACUGAUAACCUUCGCUCUCAGGCACAAGAUUUCAGGCAUAAUGGAACCCAAUUGAGGAGAAAGAUGUGGUAUCAGAACAUGAAGAUCAAACUAAUAGUUCUUGCUAUCAUAAUUGCAUUGAUUCUCAUUAUAGUUCUUUCUGUGUGCCAUGGCUUCAGCUGUUGAGUAUUCUCUUUAUAUAGAAUUGUCACUACAUUGGAUUAUUUUGUAAUAUAAUAAAUAAUAUAGUCUCAUAAAAUGAACUUUAUGAUUUGUUUAUUAGACAUUCAAUUGCUUCAUGUAAAAAAAGGUUAGGAAGGGAAAUAAAUAAGGUGUGAUAGGAUGCAUGCCUUUUUCAUUUUUAUAUUGUUCCUCUAUAAACUGGAUUAAUUGUUUAAUUUAUGGAAUUGUAUAGCAUGUUGGAUAUCAUUUUGUUGUAGAAUUAAUUGGGACUCUUUAUAAUGCA